GGUUGUUUAAAAUUUCUAACUACACAAAAUAUAUACAUAUAUAUUUUUUACAAAUAGAUACACAAAUAACAAUGGUUGGAUUGGAAUUCAUCUGUAUUUAGUUCUGGAAACAACAUCUGAUCAAAUUCAAUUUUGUUGUUUGGUGCUUUAUUUGAUUUGGUAUGGAAGACCUUCAUGUUGAUGUUAUAGGGAACAUACUGUCUCACCUAAGGGCUGCAAGGGAUGUAGUUGUUGCUUCUGCUACUUGCAAGAAAUGGAGAGAGGCUUUCCAACAUCACCUUUCGUCUCUCACUUUCCAUGAUUUGGAUUUUUCUGGUUUCACGACCAAUGAAUUGGAAAGUAUCAUCACUCAGACAAUUCAGCAAACCAAGGGGCUACAACGUUUGAAAUUCUUCUUGAGUGAUGUUGAUGAUGUCUUCUGUGCUGACCACGUGCUUGUUUGGCUUAUGCAUGCUAGAGAUACCUUGCGUGAACUGUAUCUCCUUGUUCGUGCUGCAGGUAGUUGUCAGAAAUUUCCUUGCUUGAAGACACUUCGGCUGGAGGACGUUUCUGCCAGGGGAAGGGAUUUUUCCUUUCUUGUCUCUUUAUUUCCAAAGAUUGAGAACUUGACUCUUGUGAAUCUGGAUGUAUAUCCAGAGGCAAUCAUUUCACUAAUCAGCGUUUCAUUAAAGAGUAUAGAUGUUGUAGAAAUGGCUUUAAUCAAGUUUAUACUGGAGGCUGAUAGUCUUGGGUAUCUGCACUUGCAAAGGUGUAAUUUUGAGCAUUUUGAGCAUUUUAAGCUUAUUGGAAAAGGGACCUUGAAGGUUCUAAAUAUUGAUGUUGCCAGGAUCGCUUAUGUUGACAUCCAGGACAACAUGGAGAAUCUGGAGAUUGUGGAUGUUAAUGAAUCCUCAAUUAAAGUGCCCAAGCUCUAUAAUAUGAUCUCAAAAUUGUCAAACCUGAGAAGGCUUCGGCUUCAGCGUGUAAAUUUUGAUAAUGUGGAUGAGGUUAUUGACUUGGAGAGUAUAUCUGCUACUUUCCCUCAGUUAACCCGGCAAUUCUUGUACCCUGAUGUGGAGGAUUAGUUUGCAGGGGUCAUCUCAUUUGCAGAAUGUGGCUGUGUUGGAACUUGAUCUUGGAAGUUAUUAUGGCUUCUCAGAUUUGGUUGCAGGAAUCAUGGAAAGAUGCCCCAACUUGAAGAAAAUAGUCAUUCACAGGUUUUGUUGUGAGGAGAAUAUCUCUGAAGAUCUUGAGCAUUUAGCUGAGUUUUCAUUAUCCAUUGUUCAGAUGGCUAGAAAACAUUUGCAGGUAGAAUUUCAAUUUAAAUAUGAAUAGCUUUUCUUAAUCAAUAUGAACUAGCAUUUUUUUAUCUUUUUUGUUAUCAAUAAGGGGUGUGUAUGGGCAAUCUUCAGGAUCAUCCAUCUUUUUGUACAGGAAUUGAUGUUUCCCAUUGUUUUUGUAGUCAUACUUCUUUGUCUAUUGGGAGAAUCUUGUAAGAAUUUAUUUUUCUUGCAAUAUAUAUUUGUUACUUUG